AUGCAUCUUCUUGGCAAAUCUGUACGUUCGACGCUAUUCAUAGCUGGAGGCCUCUUGGCCUACAUUACAGCUGCAGCGGAAACGCUAGAUAGCGCUGCUAUUACCGCUGCCUCGAUCCCUACAGAGAUAUCGGCCUCUGUGAGCUCUUACGGGAAUAUCCUUACGUGCGCAAUUCUCACUGGCCUCUUCUGGGGCAAAGUCGCAUAUCCUUCCUCCACCAGCUACGGCGAAGAGAAUGCAUACUGGUCCGCAACUGCGAUCCUCUCCCCCACCUGUAUCUUCACCCCAACCUCCGCGACCGACGUCUCCCUCGCCGUCAAAAUACUCACCCUCUCCAAGGUCGAGUUCGCCAUCCGUGGGGGCGGCCACACCGCCAACGCCGGCUGGGCCAACACCAACAAGGGCGUUCUAAUCUCCCUCUCGGAGCUCAAGACCCUCAACGCAAAGAGCGGCUACGUCGAGGUCGGCGCAGGCCUACACUGGGACGAAGUCUACGAGUACCUCGAUGCGCGGCAGCUAAGCGUGGUGGGCGGGCGCAUGACCGGCGUCGGUGUCUCCGGGUACCUACUUGGCGGGGGCAUCUCGUACAUCUCCAACGAGCGGGGCUUCGGCUGCGACAAUGUCAAGAACUACGAGGUUGUUCUAGGUGACGGCCGCAUUGUCUCCGCAAACGCCCAGACCAACCCCGGCCUCUUCAAGGCGCUCAAGGGCAGCACCAACAACUUCGGCAUCGUCACCCGCUUCGACCUGUAUACAUACGCCAGCGCGGGCGUUUAUGCGGGGUCCCUCUACUACCUCGAGAGCAGCUUCGACGAGCUCUUUGAUGCCACGGCCGCUUAUGCUGUCAAUAAUACCGACAUCAAGACGCAUGUUAUCCCCGCGUUCGUGUCGUUGCCCGGCUACAACGUCGCCGCCUACUACGUCUUCUCGAGCGACCCGGUGACGUCCCCGCCGGCGGCGCUGGAGCCGUUUUUCGACAUCCCGGCGUUCACAGAUACUACGCGGAUCACAAACUUCACCGGCGCCACGGAAGAGCUGGGCGCGGGGGAUGUGUAUGGGAUGAGACACUACCUCCAAGCACUAACCAUCGUCGCCGACGCCUCGCUCUACAAGGACAUCUACGCGAUCUUCAAAGCUCUCAACUCCCCGCUCACAACGACCAUCACGGGCUUCCAGGCCUCUGGAGUGCUGACUUGCCUGAACUUUAAUUAUCGCUGGACAAAUACGACGGAUGAUGUGACUGUUAAGGCGGUUGCGGCGAAGGUGAUUGAUCAGGCGCGGGAGCUGGCGAAGGGGCGGGGGUUGUUUAAUCCUUAUAUAUAUUUGAACUAUGCGGACCCAGACGCGGAGGUGAUCGAGGGUUACGGCGCCGCAAAUGUCAAGACCCUGCAGGCGGCGAAGAAGAAGUGGGAUCCGGAGAAUGUAUUUAGCAAGUUGGUGAAGGGAGGUUUCAAGGUCCCUAUGUAG